AUGCUUAAUGCCGGGCUGACUGAAGAGGCCGGUACCGCUGACGGCGAAGCAGAAGGGGAUGCAGACAUACUGUCUAUUGACCUGAGAAGCGAGUUUGACCACUUGUUCAGUGGAGACCUUGGUCUGGCGAAUAAUGUAGUGCACAAAGUGCACCUGAAGCCCAACGUGACGCCGGUUGCAGCAAAGUUAAGGCGACUGCCGUUGACUCUACGAGACAAAGUUUCCGAAGAACUGCCAAAUUUGGAAACGAAGGGAGUCAUUGAACGUGUCGAUGUUUCCAUGUGGAUUUCACCGACAGUUGUCGUCCAAAAACCAAACGAAACUAUUCGAUUAUGCGUAGACCUGCGGGCCCCGAAUCAGGCUACCGUAGUCGAUGCCUAUCCACUUCCUUGCGUCGAGGAGUUGCUGAAUUCUCUUGCAGGAGCUCGUUACUUUUCAAAGCUGGAUCUCACAUCAGCUUACCAUCAAGUGGAGUUGAGCCCUGAAAGUCGAAGCCUCACAACUUUCAUUACGCACGAAGGACUCUUCCGCUUCAAGCGAGUGGGUUUCGGGUUGGCUUCUGCACCAUCAGUAUUCCAGAAGCUAAUGGCCAAUCUCCUCAACGGAUGCAAAGGCGUCCUUGUGUAUCUUGACGACAUCGUUCGUGCGCACAGAACGAGAGCACCGUAA